GUUGAACGGAGGUGCCGAAAUAUGUGAAAGUCUUGACGAUCCAAUCCAGUGAGGCUCUUUGUCACACACGAGUAAAGAAAGAUUACAUGGCACGUGAACAAACCUCUCAGAAGGCACACUACUGGUUCGAAGAAGCGAGGAAGGCAGAGGCGAUCUCUUCGCUCUACUCUGGGCACCCUAUAUCCAUCUCUAUCCAGGGUGAUAUUUAUCUCCAAUGCAAUUAGUUCAAUCGAGAUAAUGAAAAUUAAAAGACACUGGCGGUACCUUCUCUGCUGACACUAACAACGUUUCGUUACAAUGGACAAAACGAAGUAACGGAGGAAAAACGCUUUUCUGACAGGUCCUCUCAACAGGGCUGUUUUCUUUUGACGGGCGAAGCUUAGACCACUGGUACAGAAAAUUAAAGUGUUAUAACCACCGUGUGUUCUUGCGCAUCCAUCCAUCUUACAAUUGUUGUAGAACUAAAGACUCAUUCCUCAAAUCUUUGUAUCUGUGAUUGCUUGCAAGCUGUCAUGG